AUGUCGUCGAAACCUACGUCCAAAUCCUCGUCCAAGGACCCAUCAAAGGAAAAAGACAAGUCGAAAACCCACAAGCUCUCCCUCAAGGGAAGUGCCAGACUGGUCGCCGAAUUUUUCCAAUACUCCAUCCAUUCAAUUCUGUUCCAGCGAGGCGUCUAUCCCGCUGAAGACUUCGCCGCCGUCAAGAAAUAUGGCCUCAACAUGCUGGUCUCGUCCGAUGAUCAAGUCAAAGCCUACAUCAAGAGGAUAAUGUCGCAGCUGGACAAGUGGAUGGUCGGCGGCAAGAUCUCCAAGCUCGUCAUCGUCAUCACCGACAAGGACACAGGCGAGCACGUCGAGCGAUGGCAGUUCGAUGUCCAGAUCUUCCAGCCCACAAAGUCCAAGUCGAAAUCAAAAACGCCCGCGACCGACCAGGAGAACUCGGCGCAGGGCGGAGCCGCCGCCGCCGCAGCGCCAGACAAGACGGAGCAGGAGAUCCAGGCCGAGAUCGCCGCCAUCUUCCGCCAGAUCACCGCCUCCGUCACCUUCCUGCCCCAGCUCAGCGGGGACUGUACGUUCAACGUGCUGGUGUACGCCGACGCGGACUCGGACGUGCCCGUCGAGUGGGGGGACUCGGACGCCAAGGAGAUUGAGAACGGGGAGAGGGUGCAGCUGAGGGGUUUCAGCACGGCGAACCACAGGGUCGAUACGCUUGUGAGCUAUCGGCUUGGAGAGUAA